CCAAAAUAAGUCGGUGAUAAAAUUAUUGCUGAAAGUGGAAAAUGGAAGGGUAUUAGAGUUAUGGUUAACUUGAGAUGCUAAAAUAGAAAUGCAGAUGUUACUGUCAUUCCUACCUCAAGUGCAUUAUUAAUUAAAGAAAUUGGAGUAAUUAAAUAGUUAAAACUUUAGGGAUAUGAGAGAGAUAGAAAGAAGACAAAGAAUGUCAAACACAAUGGAAAUUUAACACUUGAAUAAGUCAUUAAAGUUGCUAGAGCAGUUGAAGAAAAGUCUUUGGCUAAAACAUUCACUGGAACAGUUAAAUAAGUUUUAGGAACUGCCUAAUCAUUAGGAGCAACAGUCGAUGGAUAAACAGUAAAAGCAAUCAUUGGAAAAAUCAAUUCUGGAGAGCUUAAAGUUGAAAAAUGAUAAAUAUAAUAUAUAAUAUAUACAGGUAC